AUGGUCGACUUUGUUGCAGAUGGCGUCACUGGUGAUGCCGAGUUCUACAGUGAUGAGGACGACGACGAGGAGCCGCCUGCUCCUCCUCCUCCACCCUCUCGGCGGCCGCAAGCCACUCGGCUUGCCGCACGUACGCAAAAUCCCUCACCGCCAGAUGAAUCACACAGCCCAGACUCUCCGGAAGAGGUGUCUCACAACACAACGCGCUCAACGACCGCCUCGUCACGGCCUCGUGUUCCCCUGACGAAUGGGCGUAGACAAUCGAUGCGGCGGGUGAGAGCAGCUUCUCAACAAGCUGCUCGGCAGACUUCACAACAGCCUUCACAGCAGAGUCAACAGCCGCCACCCCCUCUCUCAUUUAGCCCUACCGAGACGUACACUUUUGUUUCCGCACGGCAAGAAAUGCGUAGCACGGCACAAUCCACUUCGCAGGCCUCUCCACAACACGUGUCACAUCAUCACCGUCUAUCCGCGAGUGGUGGCUCACCGCGGUCUCCAACGGACCGGUUUAUUGUACAUGACGAGUUGAUGCCACCGAUCCACCCGCCUCUGACGUUGACAGCCGCGGACCGUGCGGCCCAUCCUAACAUAUACACAGAGAAGUCUGUAUUUCCGCUGCAAGACAAGCAGCAGGCUAUUCUUCUUCGCCAUUUCGUACAGAAUCUAGCGAUCUGGCUCGACCUUUGUGAGCCGGCACAGCAGUUCGGCACCAUUGUUCCCAAGCGUGCAGCGACGUGCACCGUUCUCUUGAACGCCAUCCUGGCCCUCUCUUCCAAGCACCUUGCCCAUAUCGGCAACUUUGACCGCUAUGCCUCGGACCGCUACCACCAGGAAUGCCUCAAUGUCCUCAUUCCUAUGCUAAGCCACGAGGACACUGCUGCCGACGAGAAUCUGUUUGCUGCCACAAUCAUCCUUCGCGUUUGGGAGGAGAUGGAGUUCAAACAUUCGGGUUUUGACUCUCAAGGCUAUCUCCUAGGCAUCCACGCAUUCGUCCAUGGGCAUGGCCACAAAAUUGUGCCGAACACGCUCAGUGCUGCAGCAUUCUGGGUCGGGCUGCGCCAGGAGAUUUAUACUGCGACCAUCAACCAGCAGCCCGUCAAGGCACCUCUCGUACUGUCUCUCGCCGACAGUGCACGUGGUCUUAGCCCGGCUGAAGACCAUGACUGGGCCAACCGUGCGGUGAUCCACUGCGUCGAUGUGCUCAACUUUUGCUUCGGUGAGACGGUAUCCACCUUGUCCCCGCGGUUUUCCUGGGAUGAGUUGAGCAGCUGGAACAAGCAGUGGUCGGCGCGGCUACCGGACUCGUUUACACCCACCUACUUCAAAGAGCGCGGGCCUGGCGAUGCAUUCCCCGAGAUCUGGCACCACUCGAGCUGGCACGUCACGGGCCUGCAGCACCACAUCCUGGCCGAGCUGUUCCUCGUCAGCUUCGACCCCAAGAUCCCGCGUAUCGGCCGUCAGCGCCUCGAGGCCGCCAAAAACGUUAACGACCGUGUUUGCGCGCUGGUGCGCGAAGUCUGCGGUAUCGGUCUGGGCAACCAAUGGACGCCACCCGGCAUGUUCACAGCCUGCAUGGCCAUCACAGCCUUCGGCGACCGCUUCCAUGAACGACGAGACCAAGAAGCCCUUCUCGACAUGCUGCGACGCACAGAAAAAGACCAUGCCCGGCCGACAGAAGCAGUCCAACAGCAGCUGAUGCGGUCGUGGGGCUGGGACACGAGUCAAAUGACCUGA